AACCCAUUAUGGCCAUUGGCUGCUUUUUGAGAUGAUAAGAGACAUUUUUACAAAUAUAUGUAUAUAAAUAGAGAAAUCAUUCGAGUAUAUAAAAGGGUCACCUUCUCUGUAAUGUUUGGUAAAACUGAUACUGCUAGAUCGAUAAGAUAUAAUCUAUGUUAAAGCUAAGCAUGGAAUUGAGGUGGGGAUGUAAUAGUAUUUUGAUUAUUAUUAUUUGUUUCUGGGGAUUAAUGUUAAGCGAUGGUGGAAUAACAAGUGGUUAUGUUAGAAGUAUUGAUUUCUCGAGAGAUAUGCCAACUGACAGUGAUGUUUUCAGAGUACCCUCCGGUUAUAAUGCUCCCCAACAGGUUCAUAUUACACAAGGAGAUCAUGUUGGGAAGGGUGUGAUUGUCUCUUGGGUUACUACAGAUGAACCUGGUUCAAGUACAGUACUUUACUGGUCAGAAAAGAGACACCUGAAGUACAGUGCUGAGGGCUCUGUUCUUACUUACAGCUACUUCAACUACACUUCUGGUUACCUCCAUCACUGCACCAUUGACAAUUUGGAGUUUGACACCAAAUAUUUCUAUGAGGUCGGGAUUGGUAAUACCACAAGGAAAUUUUGGUUUAUUACUGCUCCAAGUCUUGGCCCGGAUGUUCCCUACACUUUUGGCCUUAUUGGAGAUAUGGGCCAAUCUCACGAUUCAAACAGAACACUUACACAUUAUGAACUAAACCCUGUAAAAGGGCAGACCGUAUUGUUUCUAGGGGACCUUUCUUACGCAAACGACUAUCCUUUUCAUGAUGGUACUAGAUGGGACACUUGGGGAAGGUUUGUAGAGAGAAAUGCUGCUUAUCAACCUUGGAUUUGGACUGUCGGGAAUCAUGAAGUUGAAUUUGCUCCUGAGCUUGGUGAGAGUGAACCUUUCAAACCUUAUACGAGCCGUUUUCAUGUACCUUACCGAGCGUCCCAAAGUACAUCCCCUCUUUGGUAUUCCAUCAAACGAGCUUCAGCACACAUCAUAGUGUUGUCUUCUUAUUCAGCAUUUGGUAAAUCAACCCCUCAAUACAAAUGGCUUGUUGAAGAGCUACCAAAAGUGGACAGAACAGAGACACCGUGGCUUAUUGUUCUGGUUCAUUGCCCACUAUACAAUAGUUAUGUGGAUCAUUUCAUGGAGGGGGAACCCAUGAGAGUGGUUUUUGAACCAUGGUUCGUGAAUUACAAAGUUGAUGUUGUUUUCUCAGGCCAUGUUCAUGCCUAUGAAAGAUCUGAACGCAUAUCAAAUGUCGCAUAUAGAAUUGUAAAUGGGCUUUGCACACCCAAAAGUGACCAAUCAGCACCAGUUUACAUAACAAUUGGAGAUGGUGGAAAUCUUAAAGGAUUGGUCACAGAGAUGACAGAGCCACAGCCAAGCUACUCUGCUUAUCGUGAAGCUAGCUUUGGUCAUGGGAUAUUUGAUAUAAAGAACAGGAGUCAUGCCUUCUACAGUUGGCAUCGAAAUCAGGACGGCUAUGCUGUAGAAUCCGAUUCCACAUGGCUGCACAACAGAUACUGGAACCCUGCACCAGAAGAAUCAUCCAUAGCUGCGUUAUAGUAAUAAUAAAAAGAGCCUACUAUUUAUUAUUAGUCCAGGAACAAGCUUUUCACUGAACCAUGUCAUGGACCCUUGAUCUUGGUGUAACAUGGAAGAUAGAAAUUGUUUAGCAAAUCUUAGAAAGUUUGCUAUUGGGACGAACCGUUGAUAAUUAUCUCAUUUGUAGUAUUUAGUGAAAACCUUGGAAUAGUUUGUUCCAGUUAACUAAACUAAGUGGAAUAA